AUGGGACAGGAAUUGAUGUUAGCUAUCCCACAACUGAAUGUGAUCUUUUGCAUCUUCUACGUCAGCCUCCCUUCACCCCAGCCUCUUGUCGAAGCGCCAGGCCGUCGUCUCCUGCACAACCUAUUCGUGCGGCGGGGCAAGCAGUACUUUGGGACCAUCACAGACCAGCGGCUGCUCCUAGCCGACGUCAACGCGGCCAUCAUCACGAGCAACUUUGGACAGCUGACCAACGAAAACAGCCUCAAGUGGGAGUCGGUGGAGCCCGAGCGCGGCGUCUUCAACUUUGACGAGCCCGACUUCGUGCUGGGCUUCGCCGAGGAGCACAACAUCCCCAUGAGGGGCCACACGUUGGUUUGGCACUCGCAGCUACCUGGUUACGUGCAGAACAUCACCGACGCUGCCGAGCUCACCGAGGUCAUCACGGAACACGUAACCACCGUGGUGGAGAGGUACAAGGGCAAGAUAUUUGCCUGGGACGUGGUGAACGAAAUCUUCAACGAAAACGGAACCUUCCGUGAAUCCGUCUUCUUCAACGUUCUCGGAGAGGGUUUUGUCCCCUUUGUCUUCAACCUAACGCGAAGCCUUGAUCCCGAUGCCAAACUCUUCAUCAACGACUUUAACCUUGACCAGGCCGAGUCUCCCAAGACCCAGGCCAUGGUGACCAAUGUGCAAAGAUCGCAAACUCACCUCAUCGCGGGACUCUCCGCGGGCGUUCCCGGAGCGCUCCAGGCCCUCGCUGCGAGUGGGGUAGAGCAGAUCGCGGUGACGGAGCUGGAUAUUGGCGACGCGGAACCGGAAGAGUACACAAUUGUGGUUCAGGCUUGCCUCGACAUCGAGUCGUGCGUAGGCAUCACCGUCUGGGGUGUGUCGGACAAGGUAACGAUUCGUGGAGGCCUGGCGAGGACCCCUCCUUUUGACGGGGACUUCAACCCUAAGCCCGCAUACGACGCCAUCGUCCGGGAACUUUGCACCGACAACUGCAUCGGGUGA